AUGGCGAAAGCUGCCCCCGAGCGCGGCGCCCCCGCCCCGUGGGCUGCACUCACCUCGCGGCCGGCGGAGCUCUGCCGCUGCCCGGGCGCCGCUGCGCGUGCCGGAAGGCGGCCCCUGCCCGACGCUCCCGGGAGCCUCGCGCAGCCCCGGGAAGGGGCGGGGGCGCGCGCGGGGGCGCGCAGUGCCGCCGCUCCGGGCGAGGCCGCUCCCUGCGCGCGGUUGGUGCGGCUCCGCCGGCCCAGAGUGACGUCAGCGACGCGGCUCCGCUCCACCACAAUCAAAGUUGUCGCUAACACGCCGGGAAAAGGGAAGAGCCGGUCCUCUCGCUCCGGCCCCGGGAGACCGCGACCCGCAGGCGUGAGGCGGCGUGAGCCGCGGCUUCAGGGUUGUCUACAUACCCCGCUGCGCGCCGUCGUUUUGUGCCUGCGGGAAAAGUUCGCGCCGUGCGCGCCUCCCGCCCGCGGCAACGGGGCAUGGCCGCAGCGGUCGCGUUCCCGGGACGGAUCUCGGCCGGGAGGAACGGCCGCAGCCUGCGGUCGCCGCUUCACUGCAGUGAGAAUUGAAAAUUGCAAGCCUGCUAUGCGUUCCCUUCCUAUGUCUUCCUGCGAAGUACAGCUUCUGGUCAAGACUUCCUCUGACUACUUUAGGAAGCAAAAGCAUUGAUAGUAGUCAUAAGCUCAAAUAAUGAGAAGUUUAAGAAGUGCUAAAUGAAUGCAUUAAAAAGAUACCAUUCAAAAUGUAAGAUCUGAUCACUUUUAUUCUUGUAUGAUGGUUAUAUACUAGCUAUUCAGACUGUAGAGGUUGAUUAAAAGUGAUUUAGUGAUUACAAAAACAAAAUGUAUAGAACAGCUAUAUGGAAACCUUUUACGCUGUUUUCUAAAAUGAAGUUUUCAACUUGCUGUACUGAAAUCUCCAACAGUGAAAACAACAAAGUUAUUUCACUGCUGUGUUGUUCUUCUCUAUCAAGAAGCUAUCUACUUCCAUUGAUAGACUAACAGAGAGCCAUCUUGCCACUGCAACUUAAGAACUCACAGCACAGGAAAAGAACAACUCAGUCGUCACCAGAGAUUCAAUCUGACACCCUUCCUAUUCACGGGACAUUGAAAGAAUGAGCAUAAAUACACGAGGCUCAAAGGAGACCUUACAGCAGCCUACCUGUACUUGAAGGGACCUGCAGGAAAGUUGGGGAGGGACUUCCUAUAAGGGCAUGUAGUGAUAGGAUGAGGGGAAAUGGUUUUAAACUGGAAGAGGGCAGACUUAGACUAGAUGUCAGGAAGAAAUUCUUUACUGUGAGGGUGGUGAGACACUGGAACAGGUUGCCCAGCGAGGUUGUGAAUGCCCCCUCCCUGGAAACAAUCAAAGGCAGGCUGGAUGGGGCUGUGAGCAACCUGGUCCAGAGGUAGGUGCCUGCCAAUGACUACCACUAUCCUUCCCCACAGGGGAACUAGAUGAUCUUAAAUGUCCCUUCCAACCAAAACCAUUCUGUGAUUCCAAGUACAUACUUGGCAGAUUUAGAUGUACUAGAUGUCAGGAAGAAAUUCUUCUCUAAGAGUGGUGAGACACUGGAAAAUUUUGCCCAGUGAGGUUGUAGAUGCCCUCUUCCUCUGGUGAGGAAGAGGUUGUGGAAAACAAAGCUGAGCACCUUCCCAAAGAGCAAUAGAUGCAGAAAGCAGAUGUGUUAUAAAGAAGUAUAAAAAUACUUAAGUGUUACCUACUAUGAAAAAAAAAUUGCUGCUGCUGAAUACCUGCAAGUUGUAUUGGUUUCAUUUAGAGAACUGGCAAACAGCAUACAGAUAUUAUAAGCUGGCUUUCAGGAUCUGCUAUGAACUGACUCUUCUACUGGGAGACAUAAAAAUAACUGAGAACAUUUAAAUGGAAGUCAGGAUGACCUAGUGUGAUUCAGAAUACAAAGAACAAGAGAGUACAUAAGGAAAGGCUGGACCUGAUCACAAGUCCAUGACAAGAAGCACUGAAUUCCAUCAAAUAAGAUGGACUCAGAAACCUAUUGUAGGUAACAAGCCUAUUGCGCAUGCUUGAAAGAACUGAAGUCACCAAAUGUUUCUGACGUAUAGCUCCAGACUGUGAGUUUAUUUGGUGUUUUCUCACCGAACUGUGGGAGUCUUGUAUCCCACUCUAUGAAACAACAGUAGUGCCUAUUUUCACAUUAGUGCAAAUUCAGUGAGAGGCAAUGAAAGUGUCUCAAUUCUCCUAUAUCCCAUGGAGUUAAGGAGCAUCUUUACUCCAAAAUCAGAGAGUAUGUCCAGCACUAUAUUGUUUUCUUGUCACUUCCAAUCCUUGGGUUUCCAAGAGAAAUGCAUGAAUGUAUGCUGUCUCAUCCCUGUGAGUCAGGCUGGAUGUGACUCUGUGCAGCCAGGUCUGGUGGUUGGCAACACUGCACAUAGCAGGGGGAUUGAAACCAGAUGAGCAUUGUGGUCCUUUUCAACCCAGGCCAUUCUAUGAUUCUAUAGUGAUUCUAUGGAGGGGAAAAAAAAAGUGUUUUUCUCACAGGUGAAACACACUUCUGGUACAAAAAAAAAAGAGUAGAAGCCAGGACUGUGUUCCUAAUCCUACACUUGAUUUAUUACAUGAAAUAAUUUUUGUAUUUAUUUCCUCAUUUGUAUUAGUCACAAGAAGAUAUUUGUUCUGGUCUUAUUUUUUUUAAUACAAAAUAAACAUGUUUGUUCAUUUUGGCUUUUUCUUGGUUGAAUUUUAAGAAUAGGAUUUCAGUGUGUAAGGGCAACAGGGAGGUGCAGUUUCACAGAGAGUUGAAGAUGUCUUCUAUUUAAUCGUAGUCAUUUGUUCUUAUCCAGAAAAACAAUGAACAUAAUAUAAAGGAAAGAAAAUGCAUAAACAAAUCAGAUUGGGGGGGAUGAGAUGGUGGGAGGGCAUAGAUUGAGAGCGCUGUAUUUCAACUACAGGAAAAGAAAAAUGAUCGCCUUGUAUGUACAUGCAACUAAUAAUUGCUGAUGCUUUGCUCCUCCUACUUCCUUCUCUGCUUUAAUACUAAUUUGGUCAUAAUAACACAAUAACAGUGAUUAUCUCUUUCCUGGAUUCUGGUCCAGGAAAGAGGUUCUUCAUUCUUAUCCACACAGUGGUAAAGCAUAUUUUACUCCCUGCCCUACUUAUAUAUUAUCCUCUGUAACAGAGCUUAGAUGGAUUUCAGUGAAAUCUUACAUUACUAUUAUUCUAGUUCAAAAGCAUUUUUAAUUCUAUGUGUUUAUGCACAUACGUGUAUUACUUUUGUGCAACUGUUUGAUUCUUGUAACUCGGGCACACAGGAGGACAUCUUAAGGCUAUCCAAACUUUCUUAAGUUUUCAGUAGCAGAAGUUUAUUCUUAUGUCACAAUAAGGAAAGACAUUUUCAUCUCAAAAGGAGUAGUUCCUCUGCUCUUAACUGGGCUAAGGAACAGAACAGCAGCCUGGGAUUUUCUCCAGCUACAGAGAUCAGGUGUUCCCUCAAAUUCACAAGCUAACUGAAGACAUCAUCCUCAAUAAGAAUAUCAAUGGGAAUUCUGAUACUGAACUUUUUGUUUUCUCUAAAACAUUGCAUCAUGUUCAAAUACUAACUUCAUCUAUUAAAAAAAUGUGGUUUCAAGUGAAGAAUUCUUCCUGUCUACUAUUUGUUUACAAUGUGGGGAGCUGUAUAAAGGAUUUUAUUUUCCUUUGAAGUAUAUAAUAAAAGCUAUAAGAAAUGAGAA